AGCAGGGCUGCAUAAUUUAUCUGUAGGCAUUUAAAAAGAGCACUUUCAGCCAUGUCACUCCCAGCUGAGCAGGGGAGAUGUGCUCCGUAUGGAAACUAUAUUUGCCACACGUUUCAGGGAGGCAGCUGGGCAGACCGAUCCCCUCUUCAUGAUGCUGCCUUCCAGGGACGCCUUCUCUCUCUGAAAACCUUGAUUGCACAGGGUUUCAACGUGAACCUGGUGACCACGGACCGUGUGUCAGCUCUCCACGAGGCCUGCCUGGGUGGCCACGUGGCCUGUGCCAAGGUGCUGCUGGAAAACGGUGCCCAGGUCAAUGCGGCCACCAUCGAUGGCAUCACUCCUCUGUUCAACGCCUGCUGCAGUGGCAGUGCAGCCUGUGUCAACAUGCUGCUGGAAUUUGGAGCCAAGGCGCAGUUGGGGAGCCACCUGCCCUCGCCCAUCCACGAAGCAGUCAAGAGAGGUCACAGGGAGUGCAUGGAGACCCUUCUGGCCCAUGAGGUUGACAUUGACCAAGAAGACCCACAGCAUGGGACUCCUCUCUACAUGGCCUGCACGUACCAGAGAACAGAAUGUGUCAAGAAGCUUUUGGAGCUAGGAGCCAAUGUGAACGUGGGGAAGCGAUUGGACACCCCCCUGCACGCGGCAGCGAGGAAACCCAGUGUGGAGAUAGUUGUCUUGCUGACAGACUAUGGUGCUAACCCAAAAUGCAGAAAUGCUGACCUCAAAUGUGCCCUGGAUCUUGCCAUGCCACACAGCAAAGUGGAGCAGGUGCUUCUGCUUCGGGAAGGUCCUGCCAGCCUUGCCCAGCUGUGCAGGCUGUGUAUCAGAAGGUGUCUGGGUCGGUCGUGCCUGUACACAGUCCCCAAGCUGCACCUGCCGGAGCCACUGGAGAACUUCCUCCUCUAUCGAUAAGUCUGUGACUGCCUUUAGACUGGAAAAGAAAGAGGAACAAAUGGUUGUUUACUCCAAGAUUAUU